UCAAUCGCAAGCAUGAAGGGCCCUGUGGCAACCCUUAAACCCGAGGAAGGUCCUCGGUUCAUAGGACCUGACACUCCUAUCGACUCCUGGCCCUCCGUGUACAUCAAGGAGGAGCUCCUCGAACCUGCGGACAACAAUAACUCCAACUCGCCGGACCCGCUCAAGACGGUGGGCAAGGUCGCGAUCGGGGAAGCCCAUGACGAUCCGGGCGUCACACACACCGACCUUUCUGAUGGAGAAGUUCGCGUGGAAGUGUCCAGCUCGACCAACGGCGCCGUCGCCGUGAACACCUCGCCCUCACAACACGACUCCUUCCUCGCCCUCUGCGGCGACGCCAGCGACCAGCCGCAGGAUGUUUGUGGUGACAACGGCCGCGUGACCCCCGUGGACCGCGACAGCAAGCUGUCCCCGGCCGCCCGCAACAGCCCCGAGUUCGUCUCCACGUACAUCCAGCAGCUCGACAACUACCCCGCCGCGCAGGCCCCGCCCCCGCAGUGGUACAGCUACAGCAGCAGUCAGUGGGCGCCUUACGGCUACCUCCCCCCCGCGCCCCCGACGGCAGUCUACACCGCCAACUACUAUGCCCCGCAGCCCUACCCCGCGGGCCCGCAGUCGCCACAGCAGAUCUAUUCCGGGCAGCACGUCACCUACUACGCGGCGCCGCCUCCGCCCGCGUUCUCGCACCCCGGCUGGGGCCCUCCUCCCCACAGCCCCAACCCCGCCAAUGCCCCGUCGCCCACCCUGCCUCCGCACGGCUCAUCGGGGCCGCUGCCGCCCUUCAGCCACCCUCAGCGGGGCUCCUUCACCUACAGCUCCCCGAUCUACCAUCCGGCCUCCACCUCCCACCUGGACGAGGCCGAGACCCACUCCGUGCACACGACGCAUUCCGGCCAGACCUCGCACUCCACGAUGCACGGCCAGACCAGCGUGUCGCCCCACUCCUCCCCGGCCCACACCACGCACCUGCCCCCCCUGGGCCACAACGCCCACCUGUCCGCGCCCCACCCGGCCAGCCUCCCGCACCACGUGACCCAGAGCGGCACGUCGAUGGCCCUGAACAGCGUGAAGUGCGAGCCGAGGGAGGUGACGAGCACCAGCAGGAACCCUGACCAAGGAAUGCCCGCAUCCACCGGACGCUCCUCCACGCGAGUCUUUAGUUCUGCUCUCGAGGCCACCUGCGCUCUCUGCGGGGUCAAGUUCGCAUCUUCCGGGCACUUGAAGCGGCACCUGCAAGCCCAUGGUGCCAACAGGAGGUUCCGGUGCCACGCCUGCGACUGCGCCUACAGUCGCCAGGACAACCUCAGAAAGCACGUGGCAGCCGCCCACGAAAACCACAACGCAGCAAACUAAGGGAGGCCUAUCCUCUGCCUCUGCCGCAGAAGUCACUUAUGCACAAUAGAUUCUCGCGGGAAUGAGCCGUUCGUUUUCACGCGAAAAAAGAGUAAACCUUAAAAUCACAUUAUAGUGGGGAGUUUACAGGUUCCCUGAUCAGGAUCUUGAUGUGCCCAGUUAUUUUUUUGCAAUUCUAGUAUUGAGUCAGUGUCUGAAAUGUUUAGGAAGCAUUUUUAAUUGUUCUGGUGCAGCGACAAACGUUUCUAUGUCCAGCAUCAGGAAAAAUGUAAACUUUUACUGUGUAAGUUUCCCCCCGAGACUUACUGAACAUGUAAAAUACUGUGCUAAAUUUGUAUUUUUUAGGAAUUGUAUUUGAUAUGAUAUGCAUUGCAUAGCAGACCAGACAAAUAACAUGAAUGUGAUAACUCAUGUGCCCGAUGAACGAGUGAAUAUGUGUGUGUAAAUAUGUAAAUACAGUUUAUAUACGUAC